AGCUCUUCCAAAAUGGACAAGGCAGUAAAGUCCAUUCGAAGGAGCAGUGUAAAGCUGCUGUCACUGAGUGGAGGUCAUGAAGAUCUGAAUAUGGUUAUUUCAGAACAGAAAGAUGUCAGGAAUAGUGCUAAAAGUUUCAUGUCUGCACAAAAUUCAGCUGCCCAAUACUUGAUGAAAUGGGCUGCAUAUGAGGAUAAUAGAGCUAUACAAGAUGUCAGCUCCCAAGUUGUUGAACUCAACUCAUUGUGGACUGAAGUGCAAAGAGACUUUGCAGAACACAUGAAGGAAUACAGGCAGAUGUAUGAGAUGAUACUAGAAGGAGAGAGACACAUUGACAGUGCAAAAAAUAACUUGACCAUGUGUGAUCAACGUGAAACAAAGAUCAAGAAAGAGCUGAAGAAAGCUGCCAAGAAAGCGUCACAAGAAGAGUUAAAACACUUGGAGUCAAAGUUCUUGCAAGCUGAAAGAGCCAAGGAUCUUGCUCAGUUAGAGGUGGUUGACAGAAUUCGUGAACAUGAAGCAGUGAAGACGAUCCGGUUUAAAGAAGGUCUACUAAGGCUGUCAGAGGCAUAUGUAGAACUCGGCAAGAAAUGUGCAAUAAUACAUGAAGCUCAAAGGAGUUAGAGUAUGUGCCCAGUGAAUAUGUGGAGCCAGAAGACCCUCCUCCUUACACACCCGGGAACUACUUCCAGGACAUUUUACAAGAUAUUCCUCCACCGAUUCAGCAAAACAUCACAACAAGGCGAUCAGUAUCUAAUAGGAAUAGGAAUACUAACCAAUCAGGUGUCAGAAUCCAGUCACAUGACCAUGAUGAUCUCGGGAGUGAUUAUGAGGCGGAUUUAUCAGGAGCAAUGGGAGGUGC